CUGCUACAUAAUAUGUGGACACCACCGCGGUCGAUCGGGUACUAGAAUAAUAUUAUGUUCCUCCGUCUCACGUUAAUACAUUUUUUUUAAAUAUAUUUUUCGGGUAUAAAAAGAAAACGGUAAAACAAUAGUAUAUAAUAUGGGUCGUCGUCGUCCGUUUUUUUCCGUCCAAUAUAAUAUUAUUGUAUUACACCCUCAGUAGCGGUUUUCCGUUGCGUUACGCACGCGACAAGUCACAUUUCCCACACGUGGCUUACGACGUUCACCGCCGCCGGGACAUUCCGAUCGUCUCCACCCCCUCGCGAACGGCGCGCUUCGCUCACAGGUGAAGUCUGGGGAAAAAACGCUUCCCUUGUCUCGUCAUACCUGCCUCGCGUGUACGCGAUGUUAUUACUGUAUUAUUUUUUUUUUUUAUUAUUGCUCUCGUGUAAGGUAAAAAUAUUAUACACUUUUACGCGCUCAUUUCAAACGUCUCGUGCAUAUUGGAUGACAUUGUGGCGUAAAUAUAAUAAUACUAUGCGAUUUGUACACCUCUUGCCGUGCACUAUAAUAUGUGCGAUGUACACACACACACACACACACACUUAUAUAUAUCUCUCUCUCUCAUAUUCACAACACACACACACUCACUCACUUAAACUCACAACACACACUCUAACCGGCUACGACAGAGGAGAGCCUUCGCCGCACAUUCCUCGUGUGUGCGUGCGUGUAGAGGACGCGCCGCGUUGGAGGAGAAGGGCAAACGCGCGACGACGACCGGCUGCGUGUGCGGCGUGCCGAGUUUAUCGUACGCGUGUAAUGCGUUUACGGCGGCGGUGGCAGAGGGAGGCGCGCGGGCGGUCGGGCGUUUAUAUUAGUCGUCGACGCUGCCGUCGCCGCGUUCGAACGGGGAUCGAUUUACGUGGAAGCACGGUCGCGGUAAAAUCUUCCGUCGCCUACCUCUCUAACCAACAAGUAUAUCCGUUGGUGGGUCUAUAGUAGUCGUAAAAAUCGUCUGUCGAUCUUCCAGAGCGAUACGUUGAUAUUAUGUACGUUCGUAGAAUAUUAUAGGUUAUUUUGAAAUGUCGUGUACUGCUAUGGACACGGUUGCAUCGUUACACGUCCAUAAUACCGGCUGACUCUAACUUAUAUACUCUCGUUUAUAUGAUAAUAUAUACGAGUAAGGUCAUUGAGAUCGUGAAUGAACUCCUCGGAUAGGAGACGGUGACGAUGAUUGCCGCUGCGACACGUGCUCCUUUAAGCUACAGUAACAGCGAGCUUUCGAACCAGGCGCACUCCGUAAUUAUGACCCCGAACGACAUGGAUCAGAGUCAACAGCAAGCCAACCAGGGUAACACUCAAGAUUACAACGGUUACGCGUUCGGCCAACCUAGUUCUCAAUUCCAACCGAGACAGCCGGCCGUCCAGAGUGCUAACAAGAUCGUAAUCAGUAACGUGCCCAGCACCGUUCGAUUCGAACAGUUGGAUCAGAUACUCCUGCAGUUUGGUCAGGUCAAAGACAUCGAGAAGCUCAGUCAACGCGAUGGACCUACACAGGUCAUACAGAUCACAUUCGAAUCCACCGAACAAGCACACAACGCAUUAGCCAAUUUGCCAGGUUUAGAGCUUGAGGGUUGCCAAGUUAAAGUUGAACCAGCCAUGGAAAGGAGAAAUCGUAGUGCGAUAAGACAAAGGACCUAUGGUGCUCCUGGGGCCACUCCUACUAUUGGAAAUAGACAAACAGAGUUCCCGUUACGUAUACUUGUGCAUAGCGAUAUGGUUGGUGCAAUCAUUGGCCGUGGUGGUUCUACAAUCCGACAAAUAACACAACAGACAAGAGCCAGGGUCGAUGUUCAUAGGAAAGAUAAUGUUGGAUCUUUGGAAAAAGCUAUAACCAUCUAUGGUAAUCCAGAGAAUUGCACUAAUGCAUGUCGUAAAAUUUUGGAGGUCAUGCAACAAGAAGCGACAAACACUAAUAAAAGCGAUGUGAUACUGAAGAUCUUGGCUCAUAAUAAUCUGAUUGGUAGAAUAAUCGGAAAGGAGGGUAAUACGAUCAAGAGAAUUAUGUCUGAGACUGAAACAAAAAUUACUGUAUCUAGCAUAAAUGACAUCAACAGCUUCAACUACGAAAGAAUAAUUACUGUCAAAGGCUCAAUAGAGAAUAUGUCUAAAGCAGAAGCUCAAAUUAGCGCUAAGCUCAGACAAAGUUUUGAAAACGAUCUACAAUCUAUGGCUCCUCAAACUGUUAUGUUCCCUGGACUUCAUCCAAUGGCAAUGAUGUCAGCAACAGGUAUAACUUAUCCAGGCCGCGGUGGUCCAACUAGUUAUCAACAAUUUGCACCAGCACCAUAUCCUCCCAUGUAUCCAUCUACCAUUCCACCAAUUAAUCCAGCUUUGGCUGCAGAUGUUCAGGAAACAGCAUUUUUGUUUAUUCCAAACAGUGCCGUUGGUGCUAUAAUUGGUACUAAGGGUUCUAAUAUCCGUAGUAUGAUUAGAUUUAGUGGCGCUUCAGUCAAAGUUGCAUCCACAGAAAAUGAAAAACAAGGAGCAACUGGUAGUGCAGGUGACGCAAACAGCGCACAGCAAGCUAGCCGAAAAGUGACAAUUGUUGGUACAGCUGAUUCUCAGUGGAAGGCUCAAGGUAUGAUAUUUGACAAAUUGCGAGAUGAAGGUUUUGUCCCAAAUAAUGAAGAAGUUAGAUUGACGGUAGAAAUAUUGGUGCCUAGUAGCCAAGUUGGUCGCAUAAUAGGUCGUGGAGGAUCAAAUGUUAGAGAAUUACAAAGAGUAACUGGAUCCAUAAUUAAACUGCCAACACAAGGAUCAACUGAUGGUACAGAAGAUACUACUACUGUACACAUUAUUGGCCACUUUUUGGCUACGCAAUCGGCUCAAAGAAGAAUUCGUUCAAUGGUUGCAUCUGGAGCAAAUCCGGUGCCACGUCCACAACAACGCAACAGCAGACCCACAGAAACACCACAACAGUGAGUCGAUGACAGUUACCAUUAGUUCCUAGCAAAUAUAUCUCCUCCACCGACGUUAAAUAUUUUUACAUUAUAAAUAAUGAUAUUAGCAUGAUACAUUAUUUUUGUCGGUUUAUUUGCUAUAGGAACUAAUGGCUGUCUUUCCUCACAACAAAUUAAGAGCUACUGUUGACCUUAUAGGUCAAAGGAGGGGAUGUGACUGAUUGCGUGACCAAGAGUACAAACGAUUGUUAGGGUAUAGACAGAGACGAUUUUUGCCUCUAUCUACCUUUCACAAUCGGCUCUUUUUAUACAUGAUUAAAGUUAGGGAUUUUUUUUUUUUAAUUAAAAAGAGGGAGACAAAAUUUUGAAAAAAAAAUACCUUUUUUUCCUUAAAUUUAUUUUUGAUAAAUUGUUAAAAGUUAUUUAAUUUUUAAUUUAUUAAUUUUUUUUUGUUAAUUUUUUUUUAUAUUUAAAAAGUAUAUAUUAUAUAUAUAUUUAUAUAUUUAUAAAAAUUUUAUAAAAAAAAAAAAAAAUAACUAUGGUAGGAUGUAGCACUCCCUUCCCAGGAGGGUUACAUAGAAAAUGGAGAUACAAAAUUUCAAAUUAAGUUACAACACCCCUCAAAAUUAAAAACAAAUUAAAACAUUUUUUGCUAUUUCUAAAUAACAUCUUCUCCCACAAAAACAAAACGCAAUCUAUUAUUACCUUUUUUUUUUUUUGCUCUUUUACUAGGUUGAAAAAUUGACCUGGCUACAAAUUUAGCGAUAAUCCAUCCAUCCCCCACUUACAUAAAUUAAACAAUGCCACAGUAGCAUUUCUAAAUGGACUAGUAGGAGGUCUAGUCCAUAACAUAAUUGUUAUACUAUAUUUAAUUAUAAAUAAUAAUAUAAAAAAUAUAUAUUGUUGACAUUUAACAAUUUUGUCUCCAGCAUCUUGUUCUAGACUUACAUACUUAAUAAUCAACACAUACUCAAUUUAUUAUGGGCAUUAUAUAAUUAUAAAAUUAUAAUUCAAAAUAACUGUCUGUGACUUAAAACAUUGUGAUUCACAUCAAUAGAAUAUUUUUUUGUAUUUUAUACUCUACACAAUAGUUUAUAUACAGUUUUAUUGUUAUACUUAAAUUUAAUGAUAUAUAUUUAGAACAAGAACGCUCUGACCAAGCAACCCCAAGCUUUACGAAGCGCUUAACCAAAGAUUCAUUAUACAUAGCUCGGUUACUGGGGGAAAUAUAAACAAUUAUUGACUUAAAAUUUGAAUUUAUUCGGUUAUAAAAAUGUCGUGAAACACUAAUUAUUAUUAUUAAAGCAACUUCAUGGGCAUUUGAAUAUGUAAUAAAAAACAAAAAAAAAUUAUACAGAAUAAUUGAAAGUUAAUUGAUUAUUAAACAUUAUUAUUACUAUUAUAGAAUAGGUAUCUGUAGAUUCGUGAGCAUAUUUCCUCCCGUAUCUAUUUUUUUGUUUUAAAUUUAUAAUAAUUAUACAUUCAUUUUGUAUUUGUAAUAGUAGUUAAAUCAACCGUACAGACGGCCGUUUGUAUCUUGAACCAUUACCGAUGUUGUCAUAUUAUAUAUCAACAAAUGUAUAUUAGUUAUAGUAGAAAUUAAAACGGCUGAUUGAUAUGAUAACACAUUUUAUAUUAAUUGUACAAAAACGUAAAUGGGGUUUUAUUUACUACUGCUGAAUAUCCACCAAUCCCUAUUUACAAUAAUUAUACACGUUUUACAACUUAAAGAAAAAACAAAAAAAAAAAUUAUGGAUUAUUCAAUAUUUAUGUGUAUUUUAGAACUAUAAUAUAAACCAUAUAUUAUUUUAAUUUUUUUUUUUUUGGCUAUUUAAAAUUGUGAAAAUAACGUCAUAUUUAUUUUACAUUUAACCAAAAAUUUAUAUUACAAGAUAAUAAUGAAAAUAACUUUAUUGUGCUUGUCUUUAGUUUUUAUUCUUCUUAUUAUUAUUAUAUCUUUGAGUGCUUCAUUUUUAUAGUUAAUAAUCUCAUUUUUGGGCUUUAUUUUUUUCUUGGACAAAAUAAUCACUGUAUUUAUGACAUGAACGCAUAGACGAAAUUUUUUUUUUAUAAAUGUCUAAUAUUUAUUUUUAUAGCUUGUAAUAGUUGUUUAAUUAGAAUUACAUAAGAAAAAACUAAUACAAGCUCAUGACAAGAAAACCCAAUUGUUUAAUAUUUUACCCAUGUACUUGUCGAUUUUAAUUUUAAUUUAAAGAAAAAUACUUUUUACACAAAAUAUAACACUUGGUUCUCUUUAAAACAACGAUAAUGUAUAAUUUAAACUACACAUGUUGAUUGUAUGUAUAAUCGGUUGUUCCAUAAAGUUCUGUUUGAAUAAUUUCGGGUUCUAACACAUUUUGAGGCGUUCAAGUCAUUAGAUAAAAAUUAAAAAACAAGAAAAAAAAUAAUAUGUUUUUGUAUGUAUUUAGAUCACCCAUAAGCCGUAAAUAAAAUAACACAUAAAUUAGCAUUAUAAUAUUUAUAGAAUAAUUGUACGCUUUAUAUUUUUUCUUAAAAAAAUUAAAUUUUUUAUUUCAAAACUUAUCAUAGAAUAGUUUGGUGAAAGGGUUAGUAAAAAAAUUAAAUAAACGAAUAAUAAUAAUUAAAAUAUAAAUAAUGAUUUAUAAACUAUAUUUCCAUAACACCACUGGUAGGUAAGCCGACUGUAAAAAAAUUUAAAUAAAAAUAAGAAAUAUAUAUAAUAUUUAAACAAAAAAUAAAUUAAGACCGAGAAAGAGCUAAGUAAAACGCAGGGAAAAAAACCACGACAGCCUCACCCGGACACAACAGGAGUAUAUAUUAUUUUGAUAUUUUUUAUUAUUGGGGGGAGUGAUGUUAGGCGAUAAGAUAUGCAGUUUUUUUUUCCACAAUCUGUCCAUCAGCCGUUGAGUGCAUUUUUUCCAAUGAAUCCAAUGUAUCGUUUGUAAUAGAAUUAUAAUAUCUGUGUAUGCAUGCAGUCAGGACUAAGAUAAUUAUUUACGUACGUUGCAUUUUGUAUGAAUUAUUAUUAUUAUAUAUAUAUGUGUCGGAGAUAUUAUUAUGUAUUCGGUUAUCUUGUUCUUGUUUAAUUUUGACGACGUUUCGCGCGCUGUUAUUUGUUUUGUAUACAAACGUGCAUUUUAUUAAUAUGUGUUUAAGUGUCCAGUGUUUGUGAACGCUGUGUUACAGUCUCCUUUUUCUACCAUGGGAAAAAAAUUAAAUUAUUCUAGUUAUAAAAAAUUUUAAAAAAUAAAAUAAUAAUCGUAUAUAUGUAUGUAUGUAUGUAUGUAUAUGUAUAAUAUAUAUAUAUUAUAUUAUAUAUUUGUUUGUCUAA